AUGUGAGACCGUUCUGUGCAAGGAUUCGCGAUUGGUUGGUCGCCGGGCGGCAAAGAUCUGGGGGCGUGUGGGGGGGUUUUGGCAAUUUGCCGCCUGACUUCUGAGGCCAAAGCUGGGUGAUUAGGGCUCGCGCACAAUUAGCCAAUCGGGGCCGGAAUUUUUUUGAGCUCCACCCUUGGGCGGCACCCUGCAAAAAUCACCACCAGAAGGAAAAUCCCACCUCGAACUCCGGAUAUCGAGCUCGUGGAAGUUAUCGCCAACAUCGACAGCCAUCAAACUGCCAAGAUGGCCGACUCCGACUCCCCCGUCACGCUGCGCACGCGCAAGUUCAUUCGCAACCCUCUGCUUGCUCGCAAGCAGAUGGUCGUUGACAUCCUCCACCCCAACCGUCCCAACAUCUCCAAGGAUGAGCUCCGCGAAAAGCUUGCCACCAUGUACAAGGCGCAGAAGGACCAGGUUAGCGUCUUCGGCCUCCGCACCCAGUUCGGUGGCGGCAAGACCACCGGCUUUGCCCUCAUCUACGACUCCCCCGAGGCCAUGAAGAAGUUCGAGCCUCACUACAGGCUGGUCCGUGUCGGCCUGGCCGCCAAGGUCGAGAAGGCCAGCAGGCAGCAGCGCAAGCAGCGCAAGAACCGGCAGAAGACCCUCCGGGGUACGGCGAAGGUCAAGGGCGCCAAGUCCAAGAAGGAGAAAUGAGCGGCGAGCGUUGUUUUUCUUUGGCGUCGUCUGUUAUACCGGGUAUUUUGGCGGGUGGGACGAUGGCUGUGGCUUUGUGCAUUACCCUGAACUGCUGGUUGCAUCCGGCCGAUAUGAUGCCGUGAGC